UCACGUUCAUUGCUGCAAUUGAGUGUCCGUUUUAUAGCCUUUCAACGUGUUUAUAUUGGUAAAGAUAUUUAAAAUAGACUUCGUCAUGUCAAGAAAUAUCCAGCCAGGUUUUCACGAUAAAACAGUGAUAUAUUUGCAUUGCAUAAACUGCGAUACAUGCUUGUGUGCGCGUGGAAUGAAAGCUAUAUUAUUAGCCGAUACGAAAGUUGAGCUUUAUUCGACAGACUUACCUCCAGAACAGUCCAUUCAAUUGAUUGGAAGUGACUACAGAACGAAGAGUUGCUUUUGUCGAAUCAAAGAUGUCGCAUGUCAACGAUGUGGUUGUGUUGUGGGUUAUCAUGUCAUUCUACCAUGUUCUUCUUGCCUUACCUCGUGUAACAAUGGUCAUUUCUGGAUGUUUCACUCUGAUGUGACAUAUCCAUUGGAAAGACUUGAUUCGACAGGGACGGAGGUCAUGUUGUGGGGAUCUUUGCCCAGCUGCGCUGAGGACAGGGAGCUAAGAAUGGCUAAUCAAGAAAUAGAGUGCUUUCGAUGAGAAGUAUUUUUUAUCAAUCGAAUGAAUUCACUUUUAAUCAAUGAAAACAAUCAAAACAAUACGCAUAUUCAUAUGUGACAAUAUAUAUAUUUAAUAGUUUUGUACAAAAAAUAUGGUCACCAAGUGGCUAUGAUAAAAUUGUGUGUUGAUUACAGUGGUAAAUUGUACAUUUAUAUUUAACACGGCUGAAUUUUAGUGAAAAUAAUUUUAAUACUCCAGUUGUUGAUUGCAUCCAUAGAUAUUCUCUGAAGUGCUUAACUGCCAUAUUUGGUAACCAGUAUUAAAUAGAGCUCAAACAACAAUUGUGUUGUUUCUUAGCAAUAGGCACCCUUAUCUUGAUGUAUUUAGCAGUACUUUACCAAUACACAGCAUGAAAAAAUUAUUUUGUAAAUAUUAUACAACAAAAAAUUUUUAAGAUUGAGUGAGAACUCAGUUAUGGCUUCAUGGCAGUCAAUCAUAA